UAAUUUGAUCAAGAUGUUGUUGUUUUUUUUAGAUCAUUCAAGUACGUUUUGUUUGCUCAGAAAAGAAGCCGGCUGACUUCCUUCGAGGUUCCGCGGCUUUAGCUCUGAGGGGCGGAGCUGCCUCUUGGGGGUCUGCUUGAUCCUGGAGUUCGCCAAGGAGCGGCUGACUUGAGGCUUCCGACCGAAAACGAUCAACAAUUACCACCGAGUAAACACGCACUGACGGGUGUCCACUCACGACCCACCAUGACCCACACCCAGGGGAAGUUUGACUUUGCCAUCGACCGAGGAGGAACCUUCACGGACGUGUUUGCUCGGCUACCAGACGGACGGGAGAGGGUUCUGAAACUGCUGUCCCGGGACCCCCAGAACUACAAGGACGCCCCCACAGAGGGGAUCCGCAGAGUCCUGGAAGAGGAAACGGGACUCCCGUGCCCUCGCGACAAGCCCGUGGAUACGGCUCUGAUCGGCUGGAUCCGGAUGGGCACCACAGUAGCCACCAACGCUCUGUUGGAGAGGGAGGGGGAGAGGACGGCUCUGCUGGUCACCAAGGGGUUCAAAGACCUGCUCCACAUUGGAACACAGGCCCGACCAAAGCUCUUUGACCUGGAGGUAUCCAUGCCCGAAGUGCUGUAUGAGGAGGUUAUCGAGGUGGACGAGCGAGUUGUCCUCCGACAAGAUGGCUGCAAACUACCCAGGAAGGAUGCCAAGCGUGUUGUAACAGGAAGCACCGGGGAUAGUCUGGAGGUGUGGCGGGAGCUGGAUCUGGAGCAUGUGGAGAAGGACCUGAAGGGAGUUCUGUCUCGGGGAAUCAGCAGUCUGGCUGUGCUUCUGCUUCACGCCUACACAUGGUCGGAGCAUGAGAAAGCCGUGGGUGCCCUGGCCCGUCAACUGGGCUUCACUCAGGUGUCGCUGUCCUCCGAGGUCAUGCCCAUGGUUAGGGCGGUCCCUCGAGGUUACACCGUGUGCGCCGACGCCUACCUCACACCCAAAAUUCGGGAGUAUCUAAAAGGUUUUACCUCUGGGUUCAAAGGAGGUUUGAAGGAUGUGGACGUCCUGUUUAUGCAGUCAGACGGUGGUCUGACUCCCAUGCAGCAGUUCUGCGGUUCGCGUGCCGUCCUGUCUGGCCCCGCGGGCGGAGUGGUGGGCUACGCCAUCACCUCCUACAGCCAAAUGGAGAAUAGACCUGUGAUUGGCUUCGACAUGGGCGGGACGUCCACUGACGUGAGUCGUUACGCGGGCCAGUAUGAGCACGUGUUUGAAGCCACCACGGCCGGCGUCACCCUGCAGGCCCCUCAGCUGGACAUCAACACUGUAGCAGCAGGCGGAGGCUCGAGACUCUUCUUCAGGUCAGGGAUGUUUGUGGUUGGACCAGAGUCUGCUGGUGCGCAUCCAGGACCGGCCUGCUAUAGGAAAGGUGGUCCUCUGACUGUGACGGAUGCUAACUUAGCUUUGGGCCGCCUCCUGCCGUCCUUCUUCCCCAAGAUCUUUGGGCCUGGAGAGAAUGAGCCUCUGUCCCAGGAGGAGACCAUGACGCAUUUCCGUCAGCUGACCCAUGAGAUCAACCACUUCUUGGCCUCUAACCAAUCGCAAGCUGGUGCAAAUAGCGCCAAAAACUCCCACAACAGCCAAUCAGAGAUGACUUUGGAAGACGUGGCCAUCGGAUUCAUCCGUGUGGCGAACGAGGCGAUGUGUCGACCAAUCAGAGCCCUGACGCAGGCUAAGGGCCAUGACACAUCUCAGCACGUGUUGGCGUGUUUCGGGGGCGCCGGGGGCCAGCAUGCGUGUGCCAUCGCUCGAGCGCUCGGGAUGAAGACAGUCUUCAUACAUAAGUACAGUGGCGUGCUGUCGGCCUACGGUCUGGCUCUAGCGGACGUGGUGGAGGAGGUGCAGGAGCCGUGCUCGCUGCAGUAUGAGAAGAACUCAUUUGGCGAGUUGGACCGCAGAGUGGAUCUCCUGUCCAAACGCUGCCAGGACACACUGCUAGCCCGCGGAUUCAAUAGUGGCCAAAUAACCACUGAAGUCUUUCUCCAUCUGCGCUACGAGGGCACAGACUGCGCUCUCAUGGUGACGGCUGACGGUUACCCCGGAAACCAGCGCACCUGUCGAGCGGGCGAUUUCCGCAGCGCUUUCACUAAAAGGUACCUGAAGGAGUUUGGGUUCACCAUCUCAGACAGGCCCAUCAUGGUGGAUGACAUCAGAGUGCGGGGCUGUGGGAAGUCUGGGAUCAAAUCGGUGUACAAACCAAAGAAGGGACACGGUCAAGCCAAACCCGUCACGAUGACAAAAUGCUACUUUGAGGAUGGUUACCAUGACACCGCCGUGUAUCUGUGGGAGGAGCUUCUUUGUGGUCAUAGCAUCCAGGGACCAGCCAUCAUCAUUGACAAGAACAGCACCAUUCUGGUGGAGCCCUGCUGUGAGGCUUCCCUGACAGAAGGGGGUGACGUGUCCAUGAUGGUGAGCGCGGACCCUCACUGUGCAGUGGGCACAGAGCUCAACACCGUGCAGCUUUCCAUUUUUUCCCACCGUUUCAUGAGCAUAGCAGAACAGAUGGGCAGAGUUCUCCAAAGAACUUCCAUCUCCACCAACAUUAAGGAGCGUCUGGACUUCUCCUGCGCUGUGUUCGGACCAGAUGGCGGUCUGGUGUCGAACGCGCCCCACAUUCCAGUGCACCUGGGGGCCAUGCAGGAAACUGUCCAGUUCCAGAUCAGAUCAAUGGAGGGGAAUCUGAAAGAAGGGGACGUGAUCCUGAGCAACCACCCAUGUGCCGGCGGCAGCCACCUUCCCGACCUCACAGUCAUCACACCAGUGUUUAGAGAAGGUGUCAGCGGACCGGUGUUCUUUGUAGCCAGCAGAGGGCACCAUGCAGACAUUGGAGGCAUCACUCCUGGAUCUAUGCCGCCGCACUCCACCUCCCUGCAGCAGGAGGGCGCUGUCUUCAUUUCCUUCAAACUGGUCACUGGUGGUGUCUUUCAAGAAGAAGCUGUAACGGAGGCCCUGAUGGCUCCGGCCCAAUACCCAGACUCCUCUGGGACACGGAAUCUCCACGACAACCUGUCCGACCUGCGGGCUCAGGUGGCAGCCAAUCAGAGAGGCAGCCAGCUGGUGGGGGAGUUGAUCGACUGCUACGGGCUCGCUGUGGUUCAGGCUUACAUGGGCUACAUCCAGAGUAAUGCUGAGCUGGCGGUGAAGGACAUGCUGCGAGACUUUGUGCGUCGUCGACGGCAACAGACAGGCUGCUUGGAGGUGGAGUCGGAGGAUUUCAUGGAUGAUGGCACUCCAAUCCGACUGCGGGUUCAGAUUAAUGAAGAAGAGGGCACUGCAGUGUUUGACUUCACUGGCACAGGCACAGAGGUUUGGGGGAACUGCAACGCUCCAAGAGCAAUCACCCUCUCCGCCCUCAUCUACUGCCUUCGCUGCAUGGUGGGACAGGACAUCCCCCUCAAUCAGGGCUGUCUGGCACCAAUUAAAGUCACCAUCCCCUCAGGCUCCAUCCUCCAGCCGUCGCAAAACGCGGCAGUGGUUGGCGGCAACGUGCUCACAUCCCAGAGAGUUGUUGAUGUCAUUUUCAAGGCGUUUGAGGUCUGCGCCGCCUCUCAGGGUUGCAUGAACAACGUUUCAUUUGGCAGCGAGAAGGUUGGGUACUAUGAGACUGUCGCCGGGGGCGCAGGGGCGGGGCCGAGCUGGAGUGGCAGAAGUGGCGUGCACACUCACAUGACCAACACUCGUAUCACUGACCCUGAGAUUCUGGAGAAGAGAUACCCAGUGAUAUUGGAGCAGUUCUCCUUGCGACCCGCUUCAGGAGGUGCAGGGAAACACAGCGGAGGAGACGGUGUCAUUCGCAAGCUGCUGUUCAGGGACAGAGUAGUUCUGUCUGUGCUGAGUGAGAGGAGAUCCAGACGUCCCUACGGCCUCAACGGGGGUGAAGAUGGUGCUGCGGGACUGAACCUGCUUCACAGAGCGGAUGGCAGAAUACUCAGUCUGGGCGCUAAGACCAGCGUCAGCCUUCAACCAGGGGACAUGUUCUGCCUAUACACUCCAGGAGGAGGGGGUUACGGGAAGGAGGACGGAAACCGAAAUCCGCAGACAAAGCGCAGGCGCGUGAACGAGACUUUUCUCGAGAGAGGCAGCGUCUUUGAGUACCGCAUGGCGCAAGAAGGAGUGUGACACCGCAGAGGUGGAGGAAUUUAACACAAGGCAUGGACGCACCCAUACAGUUAUAGACAUACCAUAUGCAGUGAGACAGCGCCCACUGCUGGAUCCAUAGCAUAACACUUUGUAUUGCCACCUGCAGAUAGCGUCAUCAAACCACUCUCUCUUUUUAAGUAGUUACUUACGAGUUAAAGCAGAGAAAAGAAAACAGUGACUAUGCGGUGGAGCGAAUAAAACCACAAAAAAGUGGGAAUCAACUGUAGAUUUAUUUUUUUCAACAUUAACCAACAUUAAAAAAAACAUUAAAGUCAGAUCUUUACAAAAUUGGCAUUGAAAUGUAUUGAAAAACAAAAUGUCAUAAUCCAUUUAAGUGCAAUAUAUUCUUCAGGAUAUAGAACAAAUUGAAUAAACACCAACUUCAUAGCCUCAAUUUUAAUUAAAAGUUUUUAGUGGAGGAAAAAAAAUUAUUGAGCCUUUUUUUUAACGAAACUAUUUUUUAGGUAUUAACAAAACAAGUAUUUGUUGCUUUUUUGGGGAAUAUAUUCAUUUGAAAUAUUAUAUUUACUCUACGGCAGGGGUCACCAACCUUUUUGAAACUUCGAGCUACUUCUUGGGUACUGAUUAAUGCGAAGGGCUACCAGUUUGAUACACACUUAAAUAAAUUGCCAGAAAUAGCCAAUUUGCUCAAUUUACCUUUAAUAAAUAUAUAAAAAUAUAUACACAAAAAUGGGUUUUCCUGUCUGUCAUUCCGUAGUUUUUUUCCUUUUACGGAAGAUUUUUUGUAGAGAAUAAAUGAUUUAAAAAAACACUUAAUUGAACGGUUUAAAAGAGGAGAAAACAGGAAAAAAAUGAAAAUUUAAUUUUGAAACAUAGCUUAUCUUCAAUUUCGACUCUUUAAAAUUCAAAAUUCACCCGAAAAAAAGAAGAGAAAUACUAGCUCAUUCGAAUCGUUUUGAAAAAAUAAAAAAAAUAAUUUAUGCAACAUCAUUAGUAAUUUUUCCUGAUUAAGAUUAAUUUUAGAAUUUUGAUGACAUGUUUCAAAUAGGUUAAAAUCUAUUCUGCACUUUGUUAUAAUAUAUAACAAAUUUGACCGAGCUAUAUUUCUAACAAAGACAAAUCAUUAUUUCUUCUAGAUUUUCCAGAACAAACAUUUUAAAAGAAAUUCAAAAGACUUUGACAUAAGAUUCAAAUUUGAUUCUAAAGAUUUUCUAGAUUUGCCAGAAUAUUUUUUUUUUAUUUCAAUCAUAAUAAGUUUGAAGAAAUAUUUCACAAAUAUUCUUCGUCAAAAAAACAGAGGCUAAAAUGAAGAAUUAAAUUAAAAUGUAUUCAUUAUUCUUUACAAUAAAAAAAAUAUAUUUUAUUUGAACAUUGAUUUAAAUUGUCAGGAAAGAAGAGGAAGGAAUUUAAAAGGUAAAAGGGUAUGUGUUUAAAAAUCCUAAAAUCAUUUUUAAGGUUGAAUUUUUUCUCUAAAAUUGUCUUUCUGAAAGUUAUAAGAAGCUAAGUAAAAAAAAUGAAUUUAUUUAAACAAGUGAAGACCAAGUCUUUAAAAUAUUUUCUUGGAUUUUCAAAUUCUCUUUGAGUUUUGUCUCUCUUAGAAUUAAAAAUGUUGAGCAAAGCGAGACCAGCUUGCUAGUAAAUAAAUACAAUUAAAAAAAUAUAGGCAGCUCACUGGUAAGUGCUGCUAUUUGAGCUAUUUUUAGAACAGGCCAGCGGGCUACUCAUCUGGUCCUUACGGGCUACCUGGUGCCCGGGCACCGCGUUGGUGACUCCUGCCCUACGGUCACAGUAACUGAGGCCAACGUGACAAGUCGUACAUUUAAAUUAGGAUGUGAUUGCUAAUAUGUAGCCCUCGUAUGCUUUGUCUUCUGGGAGGAGAGGGGGCAUCCCUAAGUGGUGUGGCCCUCCUCCCUUCUUUUUUUGGGGGGGGGGGUCUGAGGAAUGAUGAGGGAGGACGCCCGGUGAGGGAGUGCAGGCAUGCGUAGACCAGCUGAUAAAGAGAUAGCGACCACUGCGGAGGAAGCAGCAGGAGGUCGACGGCUGCCUGGAUUUUGGAUGUAAAUCAGUUGUUUUGUCUUUGAGAGCUGCAAAUUCCAAUUGGGAACUCACGGACGAUUGAUCAAAGAUAGUUUCCUUGUUUAUGGAUCACAGUUCCUGUGCUAAAGGUUACUCUUUCUAAGAUGAUUUGAGAAUAUCCAGUCUUUCUUUAUCAGCUUUAAGCUUUAAAGGCUAUAUUUAAACGGGGAUAGCAGGUCAAUUUUAUGUGUCAUACUUGAUCAUAUCGCGAUAUUGCCAUAUUUUUGCUGAAAGGAUUCAGUAGAGAACAUCGACGAUAAAGUUCGCAACUUUUGGUCGCUAAUAAAAAAGCCUUGCCUUUACCGGAAGUAGCAGACGAUGUGGGCGUGACGUCACAGGUUGUAGGGCUCCUCACAUCCUCACAUUGUUUACAAUUAUAGCCAGCAGUAGCUAGAGCUAUUUGGACCGAGAAAGCGACAAUUUCCCCAUUAAUUUGAGCGAGGAUGAAAGUUUUGUGGAUGAGGACGUUUAGAGUGAAGUACUAAAAAAAAAAAAAAAAAAAAAAAGGCAAAGACUCCAGGUGGCGGCAGGCGGCGUUUUAGAUGUAGUUAGACACAUUUACUAGGAUAAUUCUGGAAGAUCUCUUAUCUGCUUAUUGUUUUAAUAGUGUUUUAGUGAGAUUGUAAAGUCAUACCUGAAAGUCGGAUGGCUGCGGUGAACGCCAGUGUCUCUCAGAGAAGCCGAUGGAGGAGCCAAGACCACAGCUGCCUUUUUGAGCUGCAGUAGGAAGUCCCAUAAUCCACGGAAGUCUCCGGUAAGAGCCGACUUAAUAUCACAAUUUUCCCAUCCAAAAACUUGCUGGUUGACGUGGAGAAACAUGUUUGCUUGACCGCUCUGUGUUAAAGCUUCACAACAAACAAAGAAACACCGACUGUGUUUCGGUGCUAAAGGCAGCUGCAAUCCACCGCUUUCCACCAACAGGAUUAUUCUUUAUAGUCUCCAUUAUUAAUUGAACAAAUUGCAAAAGAUUCAGCAACACAGAAGUCCAAAAUACUGUGUAAUUAUGCGAUGAAAAGAGACUACUUUUAGCCGUGUGUGGUGCUGGGCUAAUAUGUCCGCUACAACCCGAGACGUCUUGCGUACACGUCAUCAUUCCGCUACGUUUUCAACAAGAAACUCCGCGGGAAAUUUAAAAUUGUAAUUUAGUAAACUAAACCGGCCGUAUUGGCACGUGUUGCAAUGUUUAAGAUUUCAUCAUUGAUAUAUAAACUAUCGGACUGCGUGGUCGGUAGUAGUGGGUUUCAGUAGGCCUUUAAGCGCUGUUGUAGUAACAUUGAACAAGACCAAUUUCAGACAAUAAACAGCCAUAUUUAAUAAGUUUUAGGAUGAAACAUUCAGUUGAAGCAUUUUAAUCCAAUAGUAGAAAAAAAAAUUAAAAUAAACCAUUUUAUUAUAACAUUAAAGUAGAGAUGUCCAAUAAUGGUUUUUUUCCGAUAUCCGAUGUUCCGAUAUUGUCCAACUCUUAAUUACCGAUUCCGAUAUCAACCGAUACCUAUAUAUACAGUCGUGGAAUUAACACAUUAUUAUGCCUAAUUUUGUUGAGAUGCCCCGUUGGAUGCAUUAAACAAUGUAACAAGGUUUUCCAAAAUAAAUCAACUCAGCUUGUGGAAGAAAAUGCCAACAUGGCACUGCCAUAUUUAUCAUUGAAGUCACAAAGUGCAUUAUUUUUUUGCACAUACCUCAAAACAACAGCUUGGAAUUUGGGACGUGCUCUCCCUGAGAGAGCAUGAGGAGGUUGAGGUGAGCAGGGGUGUGUGUAUUGUAGCGUCCCAGAAGAGUUUGUGCUGCAAUGGGUUCUGGGUAUUUGUUCUGUUGUGUUUAUGUUGUGUUGCAGUGCGGAUGUUCUCCCGAAAUGUGUUUGUCAUUCUUGUUUGGUGUGGGUUCUCAGUGUGACGCAUAUUUUUAAUAGUGUUAAAGUUGUUUAUACGGCCACCCUCAGUGUAACCUGUAUGGCUGUUGACCAAGUAUGCAUUACAUUCACUUGAGUGUGUGAAAAGCCGUAGAUAUUAUGUGACUGGGCCGGAAAGCAAAAGCAGUACCUUUAAGGUUUACUGGCGCUCUGUACUUCUCCCUACGUCCGUGUACACAGCGGCGUUUUAAGAAGUCAUAAGUUUUACUUUUUGAAACGGAUACCGAUAAUUUCCAAUAUUACAUUUUGAAGCAUUUAUCGGCCAAUAAUAUUGGCAGUCCGAUAUUAUCGGACAUUUCUUCUUUUAAGUUAAAAAUAUAUUUUUCUCGAUUUAAAGUUCCAAUUCUUACACAAAAUCAUAUAAUAGUACAAAGAAACUGUCUAACUGGUUAAAUAAUCUGAUUUAUUUAUUAACACACUUAAUUCAUGAAGAUUUUCAAGUGAAGUUCUAAUUUAUGUAGCAUUAAAAAGUAACCCAAUAGAAAGUCAUUACUAAAUAUCUUAAAUUGCCAUAUUGACCCGUAUAUAAGACGAUCCUUUUUCAAAGCGUGUUAUUUUUUAUUACAUUUUAAAAAUCCCAACAAAUCAAGCUCUUAAAUGACCACACUGACCUGAAUAUAGGACAGGCCAUAUUUUUGAUAACUCCUCUUUAAAGACAAAAUCCAUGAUAAAAACAAAAAGCAAGUUCUUAAAUGACCAUGUUGACCUGCAUACAAGAUGACCCUUUUCUUUUUCAAAACCUUUUUUUUUUUUUUUUUUUUCAAAAAAGAAGAACAUAACCGAAGACAAAAAGAAAGCUCUUAAAUCACCGUAUUGACCCGAAUAUAAGACAGUCCUUUUUUUCCAAAACCAUUAAAAAAAAUAAGAAACUUGACACAGAAAGUUUUGAAAUUUCAAGUUUUGAAAUGACAAUAUUGACCCGCAUAUUAGCCAAUCCUAUUUUCCAACAUUUUUAAAGACAAAAUCCAAGACAAAAAACACAAAAAGCAAGCUCUUAAAUAGCCAUAUUUAGCUGAACAUAACUGUUUUCCUUUUCAAAAGCCUGUUUUUUGGGUUGUUUUUUAAGAAAAAAAGACAAAACCAUAUUGACUAAAUAUAAGACUUUUUUUUCAAAAACCUGUUUUCUCUUUAAUCACCUAAUUGUAAGGGUGUCAACAUUUUUGGGAAUGAAUCAUGAUUUUUAUUUGUUAUGAUUUUUAAUCAAUAAAAACAAAUCAAAAGUCAAUUUGAAAAAAUAUCUACACAUAUUUGUGUUUUAUUUUUUAAAUCCGUUUUGUCCAUCCACUCAGGCCAUGUUGUUGAUGUAGAUGCCCAUAUCCGCUGUACACAUUUACUUUACAAAAGAGAAGUGUGGGAUACUUCUCUUGACUUUAUGAAAUGUUUGGGUGGAAUUUUAUUAAAGGACUACUGAAAUGAGAUUUUCUUAUUAAAACGGGGAGAGCAGGUCCA